CAGAGGCAGCAUCUUCUGACGAGAAUACCCCGGACCCACACUGAACAAGUCCACGUCCACGACCUACAGCCAGUCGAGGCUUGAACCAGGAGCGGCUGUGUCGGGGAGUUCUCCUUUUGGGGAGGGGGAUUUUACUGAGGAUUUAUCGACGACGUCCCAGAAAAAAAAAAAAAAAAAAAGCUCAAAAAACUAGAGUCGCUGCGGUCAUUCAUUGGUCAACACAGAUGACACUUCCCCGGCUGUCAAAUUUAACCGAGACCCCGCAGAGCUGUCCGGGUUAUCGGGGGUCAUUUUUGCCGUUUUUGAGGCGUCGUUGAAAAAGACCCCCCUUUCCUGAGGUAAAAAACGGACUGUCAGCUGUGAAAUUAAAUAAUUUAUCUUACCGUGCUGGAGAAUACAGGGACUGAGCUGCUCGGACAGGGAGUCAUGCUACAUCCUGCUGUAUUUGCUGUGUGAUGCAGUAGAGCAGCCUUUAUUUUAUUUUUUCUGUCAUCGUCUCCAGUCAUGAAGUACCACCUGCCGGCCCGCUUGGAUUGAACGAGGCUCCAGUUGUUUUUUGUGUGUUUUUUUUCGUUUUUAUCGUUUUUUUUAACCAAGCACUUUUUGCUCGCUUGGCAUUUACCUCUGCUGGAGGAAAGGUUUUUGUGAAGAGGAGGACGAAGUCUCUUGACAAAACAAUUGGUGGGAAUCUGGCUCCCAACCACCCCCGAGCAUCACAAAUUAACAGUAUUCAUUGGCUGAUCAAAUCAAAUGAUCUGGAUUAUAGAGGACCCACAGGGAUGGAACGCAACAGAACCAUGGCUUGGGAAGCGUUUUUUUGGGAUUGCUGUUGUUAAGAGUCAACACUGAGAUCUGGCACCGUUGUCCGUCCUCCUCGUCCACCACCCUUAGGACCCUCUCUUCUCCUAGCAACUGCUUUGCCCUUCAUCUCACCUUCACUCAGCACCUCCUGGUCUUAUAGAACCUGGUUCUGUUGAUGUUUUAGUACCCUACUGGAUGAAAUCCCGUCCGUUUUAAAAAGACACUACUCCGAUACUCCAAGCUGGAAGCAGCAGGCUGAAGAUGAAUCCAGUUAUGAACCCUCUACCACUCGCCCGAAGUAAACAAAGUCGGCGGGGUAUUUUGCCCAGGACACGCCCCCUUAGUCUCAUGACAGACUGGUGCCUAAUGGGUGUACUAGGCCUCAUCUUGCUCUUUAGCCUGGCCUCCAGCCAGAAAAUGGACCCUUCCAAAAACCCCAUAGUCACCACCAACUAUGGCAAGAUCCGAGGCAUUAAGAAGGACUUAAACAAUGAGAUCCUUGGCCCUGUGGAGCAGUACCUUGGUGUCCCUUACGCCACAGCGCCCAUUGGGGACAGACGCUUUCAGCCGCCCGAGGCCCCGGGGUCCUGGCAGGAGAUCCGUAAUGCCACCCAGUUUGCCCCCGUGUGCCCGCAGAACGUCCAUGGCGUGCUCCCAGAGAUUAUGCUUCCAGUGUGGUUCACCGACAACCUGGACGUUGCAGCGGGUUACAUCCAGAACCAGAGUGAGGACUGCCUCUACCUCAAUGUCUAUGUGCCCACAGAGGACGGUCCGCUCACAAAAAAAACUGAUGAAUCUUCAAUGAACAAGCCUCGAGACGAAGAUAUUCGCGACCGCAGGAAGAAGCCGGUGAUGCUGUUUAUUCAUGGAGGCUCCUACAUGGAAGGCACCGGAAACAUGUUUGAUGCCAGCGUCCUGGCCGCCUACGGCAACGUGAUCGUCGUGACCAUGAACUACCGGCUUGGCGUGCUCG